CUCCCGUCUGUUUUCCAGCUGCUCGUGCUCCUUGGCACUGCUGACGGUCAGUCGAAGCUGACCUCUGAGCAGAAUGCCAUCAGCCUCGCCCCUGGCAAGUACCGCCACUUCGACCACGCCACCAACCAAGAGCUGAUCUGUGACAAAUGUCCCGCAGGAACCUAUGUGUCUAAACAUUGUACGAAGAGCACCUUAAGAGAGUGCAGCCCUUGUCCAGAUGGGACCUUUACUAAGCACGAGAAUGGCAUAGAGCGGUGCCACCCUUGUAGGAAACCCUGCGAACUGCCAAUGAUUGAGAAAACUCAUUGUACUGCCUUGACUGACCGCGAGUGCACUUGCCUGUCUGGUACGUUCCAGACGAACGAUACCUGCGUCCCUUACACGGUGUGCCCGGUCGGUUGGGGCGUCCGCAAGAAAGGAACCGAGACAGAAGACGUUAGGUGUAAGCCGUGCCCUCGUGGUACCUUUUCUGAUGUGCCUUCUAGCGUGAUGAAGUGCAAAACAUACACUGACUGCUUUGCGAAAAAUAUGGUGGUCAUCAAGCCGGGGACCAAGGAGAGUGACAAUGUCUGUGGUUCUCCAGCGUCUCUUCCAAACACAUCUUUGACUUCGUCAAGCACCGAAGUGGGUGAAGACCCCUAUGAAGUUCCACCAACUGCUCCUCUUCCCAAAGGUCUGAACUCUUCAGUUCCCAGUUCUGUCCCUUCUCCUGUGCCGCGCACAUCCAGCGUCACAGUGGAGCUGGCGGGCUACUACAACGAAACCUCGGCCAACGAGACAGAUGGUGCUGGUGGGACCCCCACGGGCUCCAGUGCAACCAGCCAGGCACAGAUUUUCAGCAGAGCGCUGGGGAAGCAGCCGCCGCUGGAGAUGGCAGGGGGCGAGAAGUCCAGCAUUCCAUACAGACCCCCCCGGCGAGGUCAACAGAAUGUCCACCAGCACUUUGACAUCAAUGAACACUUGCCAUGGAUGAUCGUCCUCUUCCUGCUGCUGGUCCUGGUGGUUAUUGUUGUCUGCAGCAUCAGGAAGAGCUCACGGACUCUGAAGAAAGGACCCAGGCAAGAUCCCAGUGCCAUUGUGGAGAAAGCUAUUAUGAAAAAGUCCACCACCCCCACGCAGAACAGGGAGAAGUGGAUCUAUUACUGCAAUGGGCACGGCAUCGACAUCCUCAAGCUGGUGGCAGCCCAGGUGGGGAGCCAGUGGAAGGACAUCUACCAGUUCCUGUGCAACGCCAGCGAGCGCGAGGUGGCGGCUUUCUCCAAUGGCUACGCGGCCGACCACGAGCGCGCCUACGCCGCCUUGCAGCACUGGACCAUCCGCGGGCCUGAGGCCAGCCUGGCACAUGCCCUGCGCCAGCACCGCCGCAACGACGUGGUGGAGAAGAUCCGAGGCCUGAUGGAGGAUACCACCCCGGUGCAGAUGCAGCCUCAGUGGCAAGCGCAGGACCCCUGCCCCGAUGAUGGAAAGGUGGAAGCUGACAGACUGGCACUGCCGGCGAGCCCCAGCCCGCUCAGCCCUGCGCCCACCCCCAACCCCAAGCCCCCUGAGGCCACUGUCCUCACCGUGGAGCCCUCUCCUUCGGAGAAGAAAUGCUUCUUCGUCGACGAAGCGGAGCCCCUCCUGCGGUGCGACUCCACCUCCAGCGGCUCCUCUGCGCUCAGCCGGACAGGCUCUUUUAUUACCAAAGAAAAGAAGGACACUGUCCUGCGCCAGGUGCGCUUGGACCCUUGCGACCUGCAGCCCAUCUUUGACGACAUGCUGCACAUCCUCAACCCCGAGGAGCUCCACGUGAUCGAGGAGAUCCCGCAGGCUGAAGACAAGCUGGACAGGCUAUUUGAGAUCGCCGGAGUCAAGAGCCAGGAAGCCAGCCAGACCCUCCUGGACUCUGUCUAUAGCCACCUUCCCGACUUACUCUAGGCACUGGGGUCACCACGCACUCUCCGAAUAUCUGCUAGAGCUAGCUUGGCACUCGUUAAGACAACCGACAAUACGCAGGCAGGUUUUGUUGUAGAAUAUAUGGCCAGUAUUUCCAUUGAGAUGUCCUUGAUUUCUGGAGGGGGGGCAGUUCGC